UAAACCUACGCCAUGACCAGCGACACCAGUGACGAUGACUAACCUUUCCUACCCAUGCCUCGUUUGUGCACCGAAAUAAACCUUUGCUAGUCGCUGGCCACGUGACCGUCUCAAUGUCGUCAACGUUACACACUCGCAGAGUGGCCGCCCUUUCGCUGACCCCCGCCCUUCCGGUGCAGUCACGUGGUCAGCGACGAGUGGCUCGGUCACGCCUGACCCCACUGCACGCCGCCAUGUCGACUCUCGGCGCUUUCCCCGCCAGACGUGGACCAGAACUCGCCAGGACCUUCCAGGACCAGCGGCGAAAGUCUCACCCAAGAUCACGUGAUCCUCCUAUUUUGCCGCCUCUUGGAGUCUCGCCGUUACGUCACAAGCAGCCUAGUGCUGACGUCAUCCCCGGGAUACCGUCGCCGUCAGACGGUGCGUCACAUCUACACGUCAGCGCUGCUGCAGCGGCGGCUCAUAACGUGCAGGAUAGUAAUACGGAGUCUACGCAUGCGCAACAGCUGCUUCCGGCGGCUCACGUGCACUUGCUGACGCCUUCUCACCACCAGAGGGACUCGCGCUCCAACGUGUCAGCCUCCGACGCAGUGGAGCUCGCUCGCUGUUCACCUCUCCAACGUUCGAAUCAUGUCAGAAGCAAACUGGAGAGCAGAGCCCUGAAGUCGGUGAAUGAUGUCAUCGUGGAUCUGGCAACCGGAAGUGACAGACCGACGUACAGGCAGUUCAUGACCCCGACCCCCCAAAUAGUGACUCGGAGCAGGCAAGGGCGUGCAAGGCUGCCCAAGAUGUUGCCUCACGACGAGUCGUUCUCCAUCCGCCGGAAGAUCGAGCAAUACCGGAAGUGGCACGAGGAGCAGUACGCAGACAAACUCAAAAAGUUAAAAGUGGAAAUGGAGGAGCAGAAGGCAGCGGAACUGACACUCAAGGGUGCGCCUGCGCAGUUUAGGGAGAUCGACUAUGCUCAGAUCCUAGAGGAGAACAUUCGGAACAUCCUCAAGUCGCCGUCUGAUCGCACCACUCACACCGACCUCACAGUCCCAGCAGGCGACGGGGCACCACAAGGUAACAGGUCACGUGAGUCCCCUGACAAAUCUUGUGCCACAUGGCGCACGUGGCGUGACGUCAACGACUCCUACGCCUACAGUGACGUUCAGAAGUAUAUCGAGGAGAAUGAACUCCUACCCGCCGAGCGGGUCAAGUGGAUCCGGUCGUGGAUCCAGGACGUCGCCAAGGCGUGUCUGGAGGUGGAGAGUUAACAGGUGUCGAACCUCUCAUCUGUCUCAG